UGGUUUCAACUACAACAUUAACUCUCUUUCUUACUUACUUUGAGGAUGGGAAACUUGAGAGUUUCAUCAAUGCUUUUGCUUUCUCUCAUGGCUGCUGCUUCCGCCAAUAAUUUCCAUCAAGAUGUGGAGAUAACAUGGGGCGGCGGCCAUGCUCGAAUACUUGGUCGAGGUAAUCUUCUGAGGCUCACGAUGGAUAAAACUGCUGGAGGCGCCGGUUUCAAGUCCAACAGAGACUACCUCUUCGGAAGGUUCAACAUGCAAAUGAAGCUCAUUGCUGGUAACUCAGCUGGCACUGUUACCACCUUCUACCUAUCUUCAGAAGGACCAUCUCACGAUGAAAUCGACCUAGAGUUCUUGGGCAACAAAAGUGGCUCUCCUUACACUCUUCACACUAACGUGUUCACCCAAGGACAAGGGGGAAGAGAGGAAGGGUUCCACCUCUGGUUCGACCCAACAAAGCAUUUUCACACCUAUUCCAUUGUAUGGAACCCCAAAAACAUCAUAAUCUUGGUAGAUAGCAUCCCGAUAAGGGUGUUCAACAAUGAAGAGUCGAUUGGAGUUCCGUACCCCAAUAACCAGCGGAUGAAGUUGUACGCCAGUUUGUGGGAUGCGGAUGAUUGGGCGACGAGAGGUGGGAGGGUGAAAACAGAUUGGUCCAAGGCUCCUUUCGUUGCUUAUUACAGAAACUUCGUCGCUAAAAGCGAUUGGGAAAUGCAAGGGCUUAGUGCUCGAGGCAAAAAGCUACUGAGCUGGGUUCGAAAACGAUGCAGAAUUUACUACUAUUGCAACGAUGAGCGUCAUGGACGUGGUAGUCGUCACCCACCACCACCAGAGUGUAAGGCAUAGGCGUCCACUCGUGGCCAUGCAGAGGAACGUAUUUAAUGUUUGAAAGAUAUUUAAGUCUGUAUCUACGGCAGCUUUGCCUUUCCAGGAUACAUAGAUAUGACAUAUGAACCAGUAAUUGUAGUUAGUUUUAGAGACUAGUCAUUAUCAUCUUUGGAUCGCCAUGUCAAUCCUGUGAGCCUCUUUGGGUCAUAAAAAAAAAAGUAGUGUUAUCCUUCUUAUUAUAUUCAUGAAUCUAUAUUGAUUGCUGAGCUGGCUCCACUAAUUAUUUCUA